AUGGUUCCGGGGAUGCCUCUCACAGGACUCUCCUCCAUGGGCAUGCCCAAGAUUGCGGACGCACACAGUACACACUACAAUGCACCCCAUGGAGCGGACACUCCAACGACUGGACGAGCUGUUUGCCCGAUUCUGGGCCAAGCUAGAAAAGCGGGUAACAAACACGCAGAGACCAACACAAGGAGGCACCCGGAGGGCGGCAGGUCCAAGAAAGGAGGGCCUACAAAUGGGCGAGGAACAUACCCGACACGCUACCAAAACCAAGUACAACCCGCAUGGACCAGGGGACUCGGGGGUAUUUACCCGGUAGCGAUCCUCACGCAGGUGGAGAAUCAUCCGCCACAGAUGGCGAUCAAGCACCAGGACCCUCCGCCACCCACGUGGCAAGCGGGACUUUGA